AUGAAAACACAGUUGUGGUAGAGUGAUGGAGUGAGUUUGAUACAUUAUGCUCAUACUUCAAAACACAUUGUUGAUCAGUGCUUUGUUGCUUUUGUAUAUCCUUUAACAAAUUCCAUAAUGCAUGUAUGUACUCGUGAUAAGAUAUAGUACCCAAACACUAUCAACAAUAACAUUCCAUGACAAGCAUAUCUAAUUGUUGAAAUGUGAAAGUCCAGUGAGGCUACAAGUGUUUUUUUUAAGUUACUGUGGAUUUGCCAUAAUGAUAGUGCCUCAUUGCAAGAGAGUUUGUAUUUAAAAUGUGACUUAACAUGACCAUUUUUACAGCAACACAAACCUACUUGAGCAGUCUUCUCAACACAACCCAAAAUGGUUUCAUAUUGGUUUUUGGUAUUUUGCUUCUCGAUAUACAGUAUAACAAUAGAUAAUCUAGGACAGAAUAUGGAAUGACAUAAAAAGAUCAGUGUGACAGACAAAGCUAAAACUGCAUAACAGGCAUGUCAUAAUUAGAGAAUAAUUAUAUUUCGAGGUUGUGAUUCAGUUCAAGAAUCGAUUAAAAAAUAAAAUGAAUGUCAUGGUGCAUUUGGAACCAAAUACAACAUAUAUAAAACAAUUGAUUAAUUCUCACUUGCACGAUUCGAUGUGCAUAUCGUGGGAAAAAGAACCAGGUUAAUCAAUUAAUUAUUUCACGCUUGCUAUAUAGUGUUACGCUAGCUUGAACACUCAACCGUUAUUCCCCAUCACCUUGCAGAAAUCAAUAAAUGAAUCGACAACAAUGUACUAGUAACAUAUUUCUUUGUUGGACCACAAACAUUGCUUUCAUUGAUUUGUUGUUGACAAGGGCACGGGUGUGUAGUUACAGCACCUGCAGCUGAGGAAGUUUUUUUUGCAGGCCCUGGGUACAGUGUGGUCUCAAUAUCAUGUAGGACCCCAGACAAAGUCACAGGGAGACGACAACAUGAGACCAUGAGAAAUAAUUAAUGACAUGCAGCUUGCAGAGCGACAACAGAAAUAUUGAAAAUGGUACAGAGAAAGAGAGACAAAUGCAGACUUGGAGAGCGAUAUGGAGAUAUUCCAUCACCAUGGUAGUCAUGCUGUUGAAUGUAUAUUCCUUUUCCUACGAUUCCAUCAUCAGUCUCGACCAUUGGACACCAUCUUACCUAUAAACGUCACUUUUUGUCUGUCUGUCUCUCUGCGCAAGCCUAUCUUUGUAAAGCUUUUAACUGACAAACUGUUGGGUUUAUGUUUCUACAAAGUACACAGAUACAACACACUGAGCGUGCGUUGUGCACGCAUCUGCGCAUGCUCGGAAAAACCGACUCGCGUUUGCCCCUAGCAAAGCAAACGAGCUUGCCAAGCGGUGACGGGAAGGAGGUUCUCCUUUGCAUUAAAAAUCCCAAAAAGAAAAAAUCAAGCACAGUUACUGCUGCACAAACACACGCGGAGAAAUUAAAAGAGGAAAUUGUUCAUCAGUUUGAGAGCAAGAUUUCGGAGUUGAUUGACAGUGUUAUCGAAGAAUCCUCCUCUACCAUUGACUUGAAGUCUGCAGCUGUUUUGCAAAAUGGAGGUGAUGUUGAAAAAGUCAGGAGCCUCCGGCCGUUACCGGAAAAAGGGAAACUUUUUCUGCCCAGGCCCUCUGUUCUUGAUGAGCUGUUUGAGAUCAACCACGUAAGAACAAUCUACCACAUGUUCAUAGCGGUGUUGAUGCUCUUCGUCAUUAGCACUGUCGCAGUGGAUUUUAUCGAUCAAGGAAGGCUGGUGCUAGAUUUUGACCUUUUGGUAUUUGCCUUUGGGCAGCUACCAACAGCACUCUGGGCUUGGUUGUGCAUGUUCCUGGGGACACUGUUGGUGCCCUACUGGCUACUGUGCCGCUGGGGCACUGGGUACCAAGCCGUGCACUGGCAUGGCCUUUACACGGCCUACUACGGGCUGCUGUACUUCGCCUUUCAAGUCCUGGGGUUGGGUGUCACGCCUGUCUAUGUCGUGGUGCAUUAUUCACUCCCUCCAGCCUCCCGCUUCAUUCUCAUUCUUGAGCAGGUGCGCCUUGUUAUGAAAGCUCAUUCAUUUGUGCGUGAAAAUGUGCCAAGAAUCAUGCAGAGCCAUUGCAAAGGAGAUUCUCCACCUAAACUGCCAGAUUUCAACCAUUACCUCUAUUUCCUAUUCUGUCCAACACUUAUUUACAGGGACAGUUACCCAAGGACCCCGACAAUAAGGUGGAAAUUUGUAGCCAUGAACUUUGCACAGGUGCUCGGAUGCCUGUUCUACGCUUACUACGUCUUUGUAAGACUGUGCAUUCCACUGUUCAGAAACUUUGGCAAGGAGCCUUUGAGCAUACGGGUGCUGGUGUUGAACAUGUUUAACUGCACCUUGCCUGGUGUUCUUAUUUUGCUUUUAGCCUUCUUUGCCUUCCUGCACUGCUGGCUCAAUGCCUUUGCGGAGAUGCUACGGUUUGCGGACCGUAUGUUUUAUCAGGACUGGUGGAAUUCCACUUCAUUCGCCAACUAUUACCGCACGUGGAAUGUGGUGGUUCAUGACUGGCUGUAUUAUUACACCUACCGGGAUUUCCGCUGGGCUUUCAGCGGGCGAUUUAAGGCGGCGGCCAUGUUUUCAGUGUUUUCACUCUCGGCCGUUGUCCACGAGUACGUGCUCACGGUCUGCCUCGGCUUCUUUUACCCCGUCAUGUUCGUACUCUUCUUUGGAUUUGGCAUGUUGUUUAAUUUCGUGGUGCACGAUAAAAGAAAAAGCCCAAUUUGGAACGUGGUGAUGUGGACCUUCCUCUUCAUCGGGCAGGGCAUCAUGGUGUGCCUCUAUUCACUUGAGUGGUAUGCCCAACAACACUGCCCAGCUAAAGGGGAAACCUUUUUUGAUCUCAUCACCCCGCUAUCGUGGAGCUGCCAGCCCUUUGUGUGACCCCUUCCAAUGGAAACAUACUUGGCACACUGCUGGCUGGUGUGACUGCUUGGUGUCUCAUCACACACUGGAUACAACUGGGAUACAAAGGGAGAUAAUUACCAGGAAUAAAAACAUUGAUAAUUAUGACAGGGACUAAUACAAAAUUACACAUUAACCUUUUAUUUGCAAAAUAAUGUCUCAAAAGUUUAGCAAUUUUGGAGAGAGAAGGAACUUGUUUUUUUAUCUUUUCAAAUUUGAGUGUGAAAGAUUGUCUUUACCUUGAAAAUGUCUGAACCAAAGACUGUCUUAAAAUAAUAUACUUAACAUUUUCUAUAAAAUUCCACUUGGAAAUAUUUGAAUAUUGUUUUUGUUAAAUAUCAGCUCAUCAAGGAGAAGGCCUGUGGUUAAAAAUAUAUGAUUUUUUUUACAUUUCUGUCAUUAAUGAACAAUAUGUUCAAGAUCUUCAUUCAAGUCACAAUUUCACUUCGAUGUUUAUAUCUGGAAAUCUCUUAAGGUAAUAAUGUAGUUAAUUGUUAUUGUUAAUGCUUUGUGUUUGGCCUUCACGUUGCACUGGUUAAGUGGCUGAACAACUUACCAUUUCAUUUACACUUUUAAUUUUUAUGUUCCCGUCCAUUAAACAUGUUAUUCUUGAUCUGAAUAUUACAGACCUGUUAUGUUUACAUUUAUAUAGAGAAUUGGAGCAGAAAUCUUUGCAAUUGCUACUGUCGUUGAAAUGGGGAUGCUCGUUUCUUCAGCAGUGCUGCCAUCCAAUAUUUAGUUGUAUUUAGGUACACAUUUGUUGUAUUUGCACACAAUUGGAUAUCAAGGCACAUUUAAUGUGAUGUUCCACAUAUGCUAUUUUAUAACAGAUAUAGAUGUUUUUCUUACAAUGGUAUAUCGGUUAAUAUACCAUUUCUCAGUUUGUAUGGUGUUGGGCUUGUUAACAUGCUUGUGCAGCACUGUUUAAUAAUACUGCCACAGCCCUUUUCUCAAGCCACUGCUCGAUGAGUGCCUCCCCACACCUUGCAGGUCGUGGGGGAGAGGGGGGAUAUGUGAUAUGAUUUCACCACACUGGUCAGUGCAGGUUGAAGGAAGAGCUCUGAUGUGGAAGCAUAGCAAUUCAAUAGAAAGGAUUUUACUGAACUGCCAUCUAUUGACCAUCGCAUAGCACAGCUACACAACCGCCGAUGACGACUUGUUUUUAUGCAUGGUGGUCCGUCCAAACAGUCCAAGUAAAAACCUGCAUGGCUUAUGAGAUCUGUUUAAUGCUAUAUUGGACCUCAAUGCAGAAAAUUUAUUUCAGUGCACACAUUCCCAAAUACAAUAGUUGUUUAAUUGCCUUGUUAAUGUCAUUAAUACCAUUCUCACAAUUCAUGCAGUAUACUCAGGUUGUCCUACCAUUGUGGUUUUCAGCUGAAGAUGUUUAUUGUAAACAAUGUUAUCUCAAUUUAGCUGAUGAGAUAAUUGUAAAGUGUACUGGUUCAACAUCCCUGGCAUUUCUUUGACUUUUUUUCCUGAAAUCAGGCAGUGGCUGAGUAAGUAUGUUAUGUGUGAUCUCAUAUUUCCCACUGGGGCCUUGCCAACCCAGCCUGCUGCAGCUCAGAAAUUGCCAGGUUUUUUCACUGCAGAACCCAAGUCGUGCAGCUGAAGCCACAACGAAUUAUUAGCCCCGGCUCUGCUUGGCCCAAAGCCAGAUUGGUAUGUUCUUGCGAGGCCAGUGUAUGACGGUUUGGUUCUGGAUGGGCAAGGCAAAUAGCCAGUGGAAAACAACCCAUGCCAUAAUGGCCCCGUGUUUGCUCAGCUCGAUGUGUUGCAGUGGAAAAUGUGUCGAGGACAAUGCAGUAUGGGGAAGGGAAAUUCGCUGUGAAAUUCCCAAAGAUAUUUUGGUGAGUUACGCCAUUAAGGAUUUAUUGCAGUUAAGUGAAAAAUGGAGAUUGGUUUUGCUAUGCCAUUGCUGAUUGCACCCUUGUUUUGUAAUUAAAAUAUUCGUGGUAAUAUUUUUAUAAUUAAACCACAGAACUUUGAGUAUUUAACCUCGGUAUUUGUGUAAAAGUAGUGACGAUACAUUGAACUGGUAAUUGUUUUGAUUGGGAAUGGAUACUUUUUUCUGUUUACCAUGUGGAAAUUAAUAAAAUUGUCAAAUAAUCUAA